UGGCUGUCAUUAAACAGGUGAUAGGGUGUUGAAAAACAAAUAGUGACUGAUUUUGUAAAGUUCAUCAAAAUAAAACUUUAAACUAAAUUUACAAACAUGAGGCGGCGAGCGGGGGUCGGUGCGAUACAAAAGCAGAAGUUGGAGCAAGAAAAAUAUAGAGAAAAAGGUUCUGAGAUACAGGAGAAUCAGUUUCAGCAGAUGUCUAAACAGCUGGAAGUGUUUCGAGAGAACUUGGAGGAGUUCGCUACGAAGCACAAGAGCGAGAUAAAGAAGAACGCACAGUUCAGGAGACAGUUCCAGGAAAUGUGUGCUGCGAUAGGUGUGGAUCCUUUGGCGUCAGGAAAGGGAUUCUGGUCAGUUUUAGGUAUUGGUGAUUUUUAUUAUGAACUAGGAGUACAAAUUGUGGAAGUGUGCUUAGCAACAAACUACAAAAAUGGCGGGCUCAUUACUUUGGAGGAACUGCGGACAAGACUCAUAGCAGCCCGGGGCAAGGCGAAGAAACACCAGGACAUCACUAAUGAGGACUUACUAGCUGCUGUUAAAAAACUUAGAAUAUUUGGAAAUGGGUUCACAGUGGUACCUAUAGGCAAAGGAAAGUGGUUGGUGCAGUCUGUUCCUGGUGAGCUUAAUCUGGACCAGACACUGGUGUUGCAGAAGGCCAGCAGUCUUGGCACGGCAUGGGUGUCAGCUAGCAUCCUGACGGGAGACUUAGGUUGGAACGACACAAGAGCUCAGAAUGCACUAAACCACAUGGUGAAGGAAGGUCUAGCCUGGAUCGACACACAGGACAGUAAGGAAUCGCUGUAUUGGUUCCCUAGCAUGUUCGCAGAGUGCGUCUCAGCGUGAUUCGCUAAUUUAAGCUUUAUUGUCAAGUGAAAAGAGUUAUAUUGUGAUUUUAUAUUUAUGUUGAAAUAUACACCUCUGAACAAAGCGA